CCCCGAAAAUAUGGACAAUCCCAUCAUAUUCUGUGCAUUUCUAUGACACUGUUGCUGGCUCAGGGGGUUUUGGACAAAAGGAGCGGUCUGUGGGUCAGGUAUAAAAGGAAAGGGUUAAACCAGGUGGAGUACAGUUCGGUGCAAGAGCAGCAGCAGCAAUUCCAUCAGCAGCAGCAGCAGCAGCAGCAACAGCCCACUGGCAACAUGACUUCCACUGGAAUGAGCAUGAUGAGCAAGAUCAUCUUCUACGAGGACAGGAACUUCCAGGGUCGUUCCUAUGAGUGCAUGAGCGAUUGCCCCGACAUGUCCUCCUUCCUGAGCAGGUGCCAGUCCUGCAGGGUGGAGAGAGGCUGCUUCAUGGUGUACGACCGCACCAACUACAUGGGCAACCAGUACUUCCUGAGGAGGGGCGAGUACGCUGACUACAUGAGCAUGGUGGGCAUGAGCGACUGCAUCAAGUCCUGCCGCAUGAUCCCCAUGCACAGAGGAUCCUUCAGGAUGAGGAUCUACGAGAGGGAGAACUUCGCUGGUCAGAUGUCCGAGCUGAUGGAUGACUGUGACAACAUCAUGGAGCGUUUCCGUAUGUCCAACUGCAUGUCCUGCAACGUGAUGGAGGGACACUGGCUGAUGUUCGAGCAGCCCCAGUUCAGAGGCAGGAUGAUGUACAUGAGGCCCGGCGAGCACAGGAGCUUCGUUAACAUGGGCAUGAGCGGCAUGAGGUUCAUGAGCAUGAGGCGCAUCACCGACUCCUGCUAUUAGACUCUCUUUGCACUAAAUA